CAGUAGCAAACUGGAAACUGUGCUUUGCCGAUACUCUAAUGGGAAUCUCAUCCCUCCUCAUAUAUGAUUCUUCAACGUUGUUGUUGUUCCGCAAAGGAAGGUAGCAGUUUCCAAGAAAACACUUUUUUGUUUUUCAGAAAAAAAAAAUGCCAAACAUCAUAUGGACAAAAGCUUUCCCUUUUCUCCAAACAAAUCAAGAAAAUUCACAAAAAUGAUAUUGUUUGUUAUCUGAUUGAUCUCACCUGAAUCUAUUGGGUACUCAAAAAUGUCCGACACGCGCCUCAAAUCCCGCCACCAGCGCCGCUCCGAGCAUCCCCCACCUCCGCCGCAUCGCCGCCGUUCGUGGUGUUGCUCUUUUGCCGUCCCGCCCCACAGCCCUGACAACCCCACUUCAGUUCACUCCUCCUCCAAGAACCCAUCUUCUCAGAAGAACGAGCUGCCCUUCCUUGGGAAAUCCUCCAUUUCCUUCCCCAACUCGCCGCAGUCUCAGGGCAGCUCCAAGCCCAACAGCCUCGUCGUCGUCACCCGGAUCGGACCCCGCAGGAUCCUCUCUCCGGGUCGGGUCUCUCCCAUAGAUUCUCUCGACGAGACACUACUAGCUCCAAAUCCAACACUCCGCGGCCGCGGCCACUCCCCUUCAGCCUCCAUUGAGAUUGCUAAAUCCCCGAUGCCUCGCGAGUGUGAGGUUUCUUCCGAUGAUAAUGCGGUGAGGGAGGGGGGUAAUUUGGGAAUCUUCGACGUGAGGCUGAAUCUGAAGGGCAAGAAUGGUGGUGGUAGCUUGGUGUUGGAGCUCAGCUCCCAGGUUCUUACUGCAAACACCUUGGUUUUCGCAGAUUUGAUCGCGGAUUUUAGGAAAAAAUCCAAGGGUUUGUGUAGGAUUGAGGUCCCCGAUGUGGAUAAUCUGGGCAUUUUCCGUGAGACAAUUGAGCUUAUGUUUGAGGAAGAUAUUCCCAAAAGGCUCCUAAAGAUCGGGGUAUAUCGCACCAUUGAUGUGCUGGAGGUAUCAGCAAGCAUUAAGUUCACCAGAGGCAUUUUGUCAUGCCUAGAAUACAUUGAGGCCAUGCCUUGGACUGAAGAGGAAGAGGAAAAACUCAGGAACUUAUUUGCUAAAGUUAAGUUUGAUGAUGAAACAAUAUCUAGAGAUAUUGUGGCCAGACUCUAUACCCAAGACUCACUGGAUUCUCAACAAAAAUUGGCUAGGAAUCUUGUUUUGUCAGUAACUACCUGUAAUGAUGCCAAUGCCAGAAAUGAGCUAAAACCUCUAGUCAAAGGUCUCCUGUGCAAAAAUUCCUUCUAUGAAAAGGAGUGUCCUGAUCUGAACACAGAGGAUAUCUUUGCUAUUUGUAGGUCUUGCCUAGGUUCACUGGUCACUCUGCUCGAGGAGGCCACUAGCACCAAUCCAUCUAGGAAAUUGGCCAAGGAGAAAGAUAAGCCAUUGAUUGAGCGAAUAUCAAAUCAGGUGGACAACAUCAAUUGGCUACUUGAAAUUUUGCUUGAUCACCAGAUGGCAGAGGGGUUGGUUGACAUGUGGACGCAUCAAGUGAAGUUGCUUCACCUGCAUAAGUGUGCAUCUCCAAUGCUUAGGUAUGAGCUCAGCCGGGUUUCUGCAAAGUUGUUCAUUGCAAUGGGCACUAGAAAAAUGCAUUGUCGGUCAGAAACAAGGUUAGGGUUAACGCAGGCAUGGUUCAAACCAAUGCUACUGGACUUUGGUUGGCUACAGAGGUGUAAAAAAGGCCUAGACAUAAAGGCAUUGGAGGAAGCGAUGGGGCAAGCGCUCUUAACUCUUCCUUUGAAAGAGCAAUACAUGCUGUUUAUGGAUUGGUUCAGGUAUUUCUCCAAGAAUGGCACUGAAUGCCCUAAUCUUAGCAAAGCAUUCCAGAUUUGGUGGCGGAGAUCAUUCCUCAGAGGCUCGGACCCCUACGCUGUUGAAUCUAGGUAAUCAGGGUGGUGUUAAGUCUGUUACUUUUGGUAUAGUGAGUGUUGUUGUAAUCAGGGCAGUGUGGAUCAUAUGAUGGUGAAUAAUGUGAAUGAAGAAGAAGCCAUUCUAAUUUUUAUGUCGUUGCCUAAAAAAUGCUUGGUAGCUGAUUGUGAAGACCUGUCCGCCUUUUUAAUGCUGUUUCAGUCCUACCAAAUGAAAGAAGUUUCCAUGAGCCAUAAAUUUCUGAGGAUUUUUUUAUGGGCUCCACCCUAAAUUCAUUCAUCCCGAGUGCAAAGUGAGUGUUGACUUGAUAGCACAUUUUGAUUGUUGAGCAGUGAGCGAGCAGGGACCCUGAACUAGAAGAAUCCAAUCUCAAUAGUCAAUAUGAAGAAGCAAAGCUGUCAAUCUGAAUUUGUGAUUCACUUCCUGCUCUGAUCAUCAUCCUACUUAUGUUCCUUGCUUGCACAAGUUAAUUAGUUUAAAAGUGUAUGUAUGUAUAAUGUAUGUAUGUAUCUACUUCGUUAAUUAGCUACUUGACUAUUGCUUUCUCAUUUAAUUUGGCUGGCAGGCAGGCAGUUGGAAUAGAGGCUAUUCACCCCUAAAUAAAUUUCCCCUCAUAAUUUCUUUCA